GAAGCGCGCGGCGUGUGUUCAGGAGGGGCGGGCUUGUGACCUUCCGUCCCACUUUGAGUCGCGGGCUCAGGGACGGGCCCGCAAGCCGCGUUCGUGCUUCCUUUGUAAGAGGCGUUUGGUCCGGAGUGCCACUGAGUGCGACCGGGCUGGAAGGAAGAGGGCCGAAGGGGACCCCAGGGGCCUGCCUGGUCAGCGGCGCCAGGAGCGGUGGAAAGCCACGCGAUCCGUGUUGUGCUUCCUGGGGUUUGAGAGGCGGAGAUCACCGAGCCUCAUCCUCGCCCAGGGCAGGAAUUCUCAAGCCGGCCCGGACGAACGGCUGUCUGCCUCUCCUUGAAAGCCUCCAGGGAUGGGGCCCUCAUGACUCCAGGAGGCAGGGUGUUCCGCUGCCUAGUAAUUCUCACCGUCAGGAAAUCCCUCCUUAUUUUGACUGGGGAUCUCUCCCCGUAAAGCUUCCGCCUGUUAGUCCUUGCCUUGCCUUUCCUUUGGAUGCUGUGGAGGAUAAAUCCACGCGCUCUUCCCCGGGAUAGCGUUUCAGAGUAUUAGAAAACUGCUAUCGCAUCUCCCCUUAGCCUUCUCUUCUGCAGCUCGAACUUUCCCAAUUCUUUUCAGUUUAAAAAUUUAGCUUUUAAACCCCUCAUCAUCUUUGUUGGUCUUCCCUGUAUUUUUUCCAGCUUCUCAGCAUCCUUCUUAUAUUGUGACACAGUAUUCCACAUGUGGUCUGACCAGUGCAGCAUAAGAGUGGAACUAUCACUUCCCAUCUGGGGAUCAAGAGAGCAGCGGUGCUCCUUCAGGCAUCAGGCCGUCUAUGCGGUUUUCCCAUGUCUCAGUGGGCUCCUCGGUGUAACAGCGUCUAUACGUUAGAAGCGGAUAUGAAGAGUGACGUUUCUUCUGGUGCACCAAAGAGCCAGGAAAGCCUGAAGGGGAUCCUCUUGAACCCGCCACCCACUGAGGCAGCCAAAAACUUCCCAGAGGAAGAAGUCGAGAUGAUUGCCAGCAAAGUGGGAGACGAAUUCUCACACCUCUGUGGCGACACUCAGAAGCAGAAGGACCUGAACGGAAGUCGUCCUGAGCAAGAAGCCAUUGUCGUGAGGAAGAAACGCAAGAGCCAGCAGGCUGGCCCUUCCUAUGCUCCAAACUGUGGGGGCAAAGAGGCUCCCCCCAUUUUAGGGACAAGGCGGCGCCUUGAUACCCAAAGCGAGGACAACGACUCUUCCUUUAGCGACUGUGCCUCUUCACCUUCGUCUAGUUUGCAUUUUGGAGACUCUGACACAGAAACAUCGGACGAGGAUAAGGAGGUGGCCCCUGCCAGGCAGACUCGGGCCGUGUUGAAUGCAUCCGGCAGAAUUCACAGUUCUCGGCCGCAAAAGUGGCCCCGGACAGAGGCGGACUCCGUCUCAGGGAUAUUAUUGAAAAGGCCCUGCUUCCACAAUAGUAGUUCUCGGAGAAGGCUUCCAUAUAGGAAGCGGUUUGUGAAAACCAGCUCUGCGCAGCGAACACAAAACCAAAAAGAACGGAUUUUAAUGCAGCGGAAAAAAAGGGAAGUAUUAGCUCGGCAGAAAUAUGCUUUGUUACCCAGCUCUAGCAGUACCAGCGAGAACGACCUCAGCAGCGAAUCCUCUUCCAGCUCCUCCACGGAAGGAGAGGAAGACCUCUUUGUAUCAGCUGGUGAGAAUCACCAAACCAGUGCUGCUGUCCCCUCAGGGAGCAUUGAUGAAGAUGUUGUGGUGAUCGAAGCGUCUUCAACGCCCCAAGUAACCGCCAAUGAAGAAAUCAAUGUUACCUCAACAGACAGCGAAGUAGAGAUUGUCACUGUGGGAGAAAGCUAUCGAUCUCGAUCCUCGCUUGGGCAUUCUAGAUCCCACUGGGGCCACAGUUCAAGCUCCCAUGCUUCACGGCCACCUGAGCAGCGGAACCGCAGCAGAGUCUCCACGGUCAUCCAGCCAUUGAGGCAGAAUGCAGCAGAAGUCGUGGACCUCACAGUGGAUGAGGACGACCCAGCAGUUGUGCCGACAACUUCAUCCAGAGUAGACCCUCAGGCUGCCAGUUCUGCUUCGGAUGGUGGCCCCCCCGCCGCCCCCCCUGAGCAGGUCCCUGGAGUAGCUUCAAGCAUUUCCAGCAGCCAGCCCUCCUUGCAAGUGGAGCCAUUGGCUGUCCUGUCCAACAGCAGCACAGCUGGGAACUCAGCAGGAGAUGACGUGAGAGGAAACGCCUCAAGCCACGCACUGGAAUCUGGCCCCCCAGCGAUGCCAAGGCUGCCCUCGUGCUGCCCCCAGCAUUCCCCCUGCAGCGGCUCCUCACAGAACCAUCACGUCCUCGGCCCACCCCACGCCAGCUGUUUUCAGCAGCACAGCCACCACUUCCAGCACCACCACCAUCACCACAGCCCCCACGCCGGUGUCCCCCUUUCGCCCCCGUUCAGCGAAUCCAGCUGUCCCGUCGACAGGCCUCCCCCCGUCCCUGUCCCCGGGGGGCCCAGCAGCAGCGCUGGCACCGCGUUCCAUGACCAGCAGGCCCUGCCGGUGGAUCUGAGCAGUAACGGCAUCAGGAAUCACGGGAGUGGCUCUUUCCAUGGAGCUUCUGCCUUCGACCCCUGCUGCCCAGGCUCGUCCUCCCGAACGUCCAUGUCCGGGCACCAGGCGGGGGCUGCUCCGAGUCAGCCGAUGGCCCUGGACGGCUACAGCACGAGCAUGGUCCCCCAGCCCGUGAUCCAGCGGAUGGAGGUCCAGAGGAGACGCAUGAUGCAGCACCCGACGCGAGCACAUGAGCGACCGCCACCACAUCCUCACCGGAUGCAUCCCAACUACGGCCACGGCCAUCACAUUCAUGUGCCGCAGACCAUGUCUUCGCAUCCUCGACAAGCCCCAGAGAGGUCGGCUUGGGAACUGGGAAUUGAAGCAGGAGUGACUGCAGCCACCUACCCACCGGGCCCGAUGCACCCUCACCUGGCCCACUACCACACCCCCCCUCGGCUCCACCACUUGCAAAUCGGUGCUCUUCCUUUAAUGGUUCCUGACAUGGCGGGCUACCCUCACAUCCGUUACAUUUCAUCGGGAUUGGAUGGAACUUCAUUCAGAGGCCCUUUCAGGGGCAAUUUUGAGGAAUUAAUUCAUCUGGAAGAACGUUUAGGAAAUGUGAAUCGUGGAGCUUCCCAAGGAACAAUUGAAAGAUGCACUUAUCCCCACAAGUACAAAAAGAGGAAACUACACUGCAAACAUGAUGGGGAAGAAGGAACUGAGGAAGACACCGAGGAAAAGUGUACCAUAUGUUUGUCUAUAUUAGAGGAAGGGGAAGAUGUCAGACGCCUCCCGUGUAUGCAUCUCUUCCACCAAGUGUGUGUCGAUCAGUGGCUAAUCACAAACAAGAAGUGCCCCAUUUGCAGAGUGGACAUUGAGGCUCAGCUGCCAAGUGAAAGUUGACACGCUUCUGCCUCAAGCCUCUUGCUUUCCUUCUUCACGCCCAUAUCCUUCCUGGUACUGCAGUCAACCAAAGAUGGCAUGACUUACCUGUGCAGUUGUGGGAAGCACCUGAACCUGCUAGAGUGCCGUUUGUCUGCUCUGUGGUAUACCUAAUGCUAACCCUACAGUUAGUGUAUUUAUAAAGCUUAUUUUCUGUUGGUUGGUUUAGCCUUUACAAAUUCCUAACCUGUUUUCCCUGUACUUUUGCAUGGAUCGCUCCCAAGAUUGCAUUUCUUUGCACAUGUUAUGGGCUUAGUGACCCCCCCAAACUUGCAGGCAAGAUUAUCUGCUUUAGAAAGUAGAACUGUGUGGCCCGUCCUCCCUUUUUUAUUUGUACCUAAAGUCAACCUUUCAGAGUAUGAUUUCACUCAUUACUAACCUCAGAGUCCUUAAUUUAAUCAAGUAUUUUAGUUUUAAAUGUAUAAAGAUCAACUUUAAAAAAGGAUAUUUUUUUUAAGACAUUCCUUAAUUAGGAAAAAAAGCUGCUGUAUACUUGUGUGGGAGAGAGACGCCAGGGCCUCCUCCCGGGCGAGCCGCGGGGAGGGCCGCGCUGGAGCAUGGCCAGGGCCGUCUGUGCCCCGGCCCCACCCGCCCUACCCUUGGAGCAUCGAUC